GUUUCGAGGCACCUGACAUGGCAGAAGCCCUUCGAGGUGCAUCAGAAGACUUGGAAGUAACGCGGCAGAUGAGUUGCCUCCUUGUCCUGAAGAACUGUUGGACUUCGAAGGGCCGUUGGCGCGCGUGGCUGCGCGGCAUCCACAGUCUUUGCCGCGCGAAGGCGGAUCCGGGCUGCGCACGCUGCGCACGAAGGAUCCGCAGGGUGCAGGCGGCUCCACGACCAGAUCUGGAUGUGGUGCUGCAGAUGAUUCAACCUAUCCAAGGGUUGGCUGCAGCCGUGCUGAACACAUCUUUGGAGCACGAUGUUCCAACGGAUGAUUUUCGGCGUAUCCAGGUGCAACGUGCAGCACAGAGCAGGGUGGCACUUAAUUCUCUGCAGAUGGAUGUGGCGACAGUGACAUCACACAGCACUUGGAACAUCAAAGCGCAGGGGAUUCUUGGUCAGCUCCUGGGCCGUACCGUGGAACUCUUGGAAAGUCUGGAUCGUCUUGCCCAUAGCUUUCCGGCAGAGAUCGGCUCUAUGCCCUUUCAACUGCUCUAUCCUGACCGGACAAGCUCCUGCCUCCUGAGCAACGCUGGUUCCGGAGCCGUGUGGAUGGCACACGCUAUUACGGCCCCUGGCCCACGGUGGAAGACCUGCUGGAGCGCUGGUCACUCCAUGGUGGGCAGUUGA